AUGACAAUCCCAGCGAACCACGGUGCCUCUAUCGAGGACAUCAUCGCGAUCGGACCCGAGUCUGAAAGUGUGCAGAAAUGGCGUGAGAGAUGCGCAAUCAAGACUGACGCCCAGAUCCGGUUGGUGAAACUGGCGCACAUGCGUUACCAGCACCCCGACCUAGAUGAGAUUACUGUUUUUCUACAAGACUUUGGUAUGACCAUUGCCAAGAAGAAUGACGACGAAAUUUGGUUUCGGGGCUAUGGAGUGGACCCUUAUGUCUACUAUGCGAUGAAGGGACCUAAGAAGUUUCUGGGAGGUGCUUUUCAAGUUGAAUCCUAUCAAGAUCUAGAGAUGGCAACAAAGCUCCCUACAGCGAGCGAGAUCCAAGAGAUGACAGAUGCUCCGGGUGGAGGCCAUAUGGUGACUUUAACAGAUCCUGAAGGAUUUGCAAUGAACCUGUUCUAUGGACAGACACCAGCCGUUCCUGGUGUAUAUCCAGCAAAGCUCGAGAUUAAUUAUGAGAUCGACAAGCCUAGAGUGCGUAGGUUCCAACGGUUCCAGCCAGGCCCCGCUGCAGUUCAUAAGCUUGGUCAUUAUGGAGUUUGCACCACAAAGUUCGAAGCCCUGGUCGAAUUCUACACCAAGAAUUUCAACAUCGUUCCAACCGACUUUCUCUAUGUCGAGGUAGAAGGAGCCAAGAAGAACGUCGCCUUAUUUGCCCACAUCGAUCGUGGCGACGAACACGUCGACCAUCACUCAUUCUUCAUGAGCUCGAAUCCAACAGCCCACGUGCAUCACUGCUCAUUCGAGGUCCACGACUUUGACACACAGAAGCUGGGCCACCAAUGGCUCGCCCAGAAGAGCUACAAGUCUGUCUGGGGUGUUGGUCGCCAUAUUCUUGGUAGUCAACUCUUUGAUUAUUGGUGGGAUACUACAGGCAACAUGAUUGAGCAUUACGCCGAUGGAGACUUGGUGAAUGACCAGACCCCAAUAGGUUAUGGUCCUGCGGGUGAUGAGUCGCUGGCUGUCUGGGGGCCCGAAGUGCCUUCUUGGUUCUUGAAAUAG